GCGGGCGUUGCAAGGAUGCAGCGCCAUGUAUAUAUAAAAGCUGAAGCUGGACACUCGGCAACCAGUCGAGAGACAACCUUCGCUCUGUGCAAGAUAAUAACGUACGAGAAGCCUUCACUCAGCGUCGUCCACAUGACCAAAGUUCGUGCCAGUCCUGCAGCGCUGCUGCUGCUGCUGGUCGUCAGCUGCUGUUCUGCAGCGCCGACGUCUACGUUCAGCCCAAACGCCCAGCGACGACCCAGCGACUUCGAGUCCGUGGUGACCGUCGACUGCACCAACGCCGCCGCUGUCAACUUCGUUUCGCAGAUGCAUGCGAACUUCAGGUGCGUUUAUCCGAAGGAUUCUCAAAGAGAUGACAAUGCACUUCUGUUCUCGAACCCUAGUGAUGGCCGGUCUGCAUUCCCUUCGGAUUUGGAAUCGGGAAGCCUAACCCGUGAAGACCCUGAGAACUGCGCGCCAGGAACUAUCUUCGUUCCUGAAAUUGGCAUUUGCAUGCAGGCCCACAAGCCUCUGAGAUCCUCACCAUUAGAGUCUGACAGCCUCCAUGUUGAUAAGCCCAUCGCGACAGUAUUUACUUCCAAUCUUCAGACUCGCAGCGAUUGUACCAAAAAUCAGAUCUUCAAUACCGAACUUGGCAUAUGCUUGGAUAUCGCAUCCGGUGGUCCUGUUCCUCCGCUGUCUUCGGCGAGCCUCGUGCGGGAGGAGUCCAGUGCUGUUCACAGGCCUCUUGAAAUUCAGGCCUUCUCCUCGGGCCAAGCCGCGAGCGAAUGCAGGGAGGGCGAAAUGUUUGUUCCAGAGAUCGGGGUGUGUGUCCCCGUCUCUUCUUCCUCUUCUCGACGGCUGCAAAAAUCCCCGAGUGAAGCACGGCCGUUACAGUCAGCCAAUCUCAUCAAAGAGACUCAGCCGGCGGCAAAGUUCAUUGAUAACGACGAUACUUCGGACUGUGAACCCGGGGAGAUCUUCGUGCCAGAAAUUGGUAUCUGCAUGUCCGUGACUCCUCCUAAGGUGCGUCCUCCAACUCCCAUCAUCUCGGAUAGCUUAGUGAAGGACAAGGAUGUUCCGGUGCCCGUUGCCUCAGAGCCCAUCAAGUGUCCUCCCGGUCAGAUCUUAGUAUCCGAACUGGGCAUCUGCCUCCCUGCUAACCCUCCCAGCAAGAAUCAAGGACCGCUUCAAUCCUCAAGCCUCGUCAAGGAGCCUGAAUUCCUCGAAAUUCAAUCAUUCAAGGACUCAAAAGACCACACAGAUUGCGCGCCCGGAACGUUCUUUGUAGCGGAAAUCGGCGAGUGUCUUUAAACUAUUCAUUGACAUCUUAAUAGUAUCUUUUACAGGUACCAUGUGUCCCAAGUAGUUGCUAGGUUGCAUAGGUACAUUGUUAUAUUCUAGUAUUCAUAACUACCUUCACUAUUGAAGGUAUCAUAUCCUGAACAUCGCUAUCAGUUGCCGGCGAAAUUGUUAGUUAACUAUUUUUCACAAAUGUGAAUGCCUCAAUGUGAUAAUUUUCUCGUUGCUCACAUUUAUUGAGGUCAUAAUCAUAUAAGGCAUUAAGAUUUACCCAAACUAUUUAUUCACGUGUAGUGGUGUCGAAAAUACCCUCAGAUCUGUUACUUCUGACGUAAGCGUUUGAUCAAAUUUUCACUCGAUAAUUUCACUCAAAUUUUUCUGAUAUAUUCCAAAAAAUUUGUACCGUUUGCCAUUUUAGCUACAAGCUUUCUUAUAUUUCUUAGUGAACAUAUUGGGAAUUAUAUCUGAUCAGAAGCAGAAACUUAUUGCAAUGUGGGCGCUUAAAAUGGCAAUAUGGUAAACUGAUGUCUACAUUAGUAGGUUAAGCCUGGUUUUGCACGUUUAUUUUCUAAGGAUACUCUUGUAUAUACAGAAAUAACUGCAAAGAUGACCUGAUAAUUUAUUGUAAAAUUAGAAUAAUUAUUGAUCUUCAGACAGGUGUGCGUGUGUGUUUCAUUGAGUGCUGCACGUUUAAAAGGAAUAUGCUCGUUAUAUUUGAUCACAAUGGAGUGAAUGAAAGUGCCGCGUUCAUGUAUACCGCCAACACACUAGAGCUUCCAACAAAUUACAAAGUUCAAUCUGAUAUUAUGCUUAGCUCAAUCUUAUGGAUCAGUUGUUAUAUAUUGUCAAUUUAUGUUAAAAAUGAGUUGUCCUGUGUACCCUCUCCUCAUACGAGUUGAUCGUUCGUGCUCUGGCAUAUAAAUUUUAAUUAUUUCAGAACACUAUUUUCUGGUACGCUUCAUUCUUUUUAUUAUACAUAGGCAAGAGCUAUAACGAUGGACAUUUUGCAAUUAGUGUGCGAUAUCACUUCUAAGACUUGAAACCUUGGCACUCCAGUUCUCCAGCCUGCCAGUUACAUGAAAGUCGCGUAUAUCCCGCGUCACGGCCUGUCAAUUUGGCCACUGGCAACGGCCAGUAUAAUAUGCAUGUGUAUCCAGAGAUGUAGAAAAAUUCGGAUGUAAAUUUUCUGCAUAAUUGCUCGAGAUGAGUUCGCACCUUGAGCUUCUUUAGCAAAGAUUUUGUACUUGUCUGAGUUUUAUUCAAUGUGUCUGGUGUCGAUCGUAAUGAGUCAUGAGUAAAAUAGGGUAAUUGUUAUUUAUAUGACUUUCUCAAAUCGUUUUUAAGACUCGCAUAUCGGCUAUCUGAAAAAUGAAUACACAUUAUCGUAUUAUUA